CUUUCUGUCCUUUCAAUAUUCAACAGGUUUCAAUGAGAUUUAGCUACUUAAGUUUGAACUUCUGACAUCCACAGUGGAUAUGAAACGGUGUCUCAGGAUCACUGGUCAACAUUGCCGAUAUGCUCCCAGUACAGGUCACUACAUUCCCACUCCCUGUUGGCAGUACUGCUGUGGCAAUAUCAAUCAUUAUUUUUUCUGUCAGGCACAGGCUGAGCCAAAAAAGAAAGCAGAUGAUGGUGCAAGAAUUGAAAUCGUGUCAGUGACGGAAGAUGAACUGCCCACCAUCGAACUGUCCAGCUCCACACGGAGGGUCCCCAACAUCCUUGAAGCAAAAGUGUUGCCUGUUGAGGCAGGAAAACAUGACAGAACCACUUCAAAGUGCCACAUUUUCACCUCCAAGAAGUUCCUGAUCGUAGUUAUGGCUGGAGUGGUAGUCACCUCUGUAUUAGUUAUAAUAGCCAUUACUGUGGGCGUCACCUACAGCUGCAUCGGUAAAUUCCACUGCUCGGCAUCUUCUCUGUGUCUCUGGUACUCAGCCCGGUGUGACGGUGUCAAAGACUGUCCUUCAGGGGAAGACGAGCUGGGAUGUGUGCGAGUGAGCGGGAAGAAUUCUGUGGUGCAGAUCUAUGCAGGUGGUGUGUGGAGGACAGUGUGCUGGGAGGGAUGGAACUCCCUGCACGGGACUGCAGCCUGUAAACAGCUGGGAUACAGCAGCUACAUAAGAUCCACAGAGCUUCCUGUCGCAUCCAUCGAGGAAACACUGAGGCACAACUUUGUGGAAGUAAAUUUCAGCCGACGUGUUAUCCGAGUCCAAAUGGUGGUCUCCCUCAGUGACUGUAACUCGGGGAGGGUGACUUCACUGAAAUGUUUGGAGUGUGGCUCCAGACCCAGAUACUCACCUCGGAUUGUGGGUGGGAAUGUCUCGGUGGCCGGUCAGUGGCCUUGGCAGGUAAGCCUCCACUUGGACGGGCAACACCUGUGCGGAGGAUCCAUCAUAUCCCCAGUGUGGAUCGCAACUGCUGCGCACUGUGUUGUUGAGUUUUUAUUUCUCUCCUCGUGGAAAGUAUAUGUGGGCAUCAUAGAACAGCCUCUGACGGAAAGCUCAUCAUACGCUGUGGAAAGGAUCGUGCACCACAAGAAGUACAAAGGCCACACUUACGAUUACGACAUUGCACUCAUAAAGCUGGAAACAGCACUGACGUUUAAUGAUUGGAUCCAGCCCAUCUGUCUCCCAAAUUCUGGGCAGGAAUUUCCGGAUGGCAAAGCCUGCUGGAUCUCGGGCUGGGGUCUGACCAAUGAAGGAGCAGAGGAAAUUUCUCUCAGUCUAAGAGAGGCCAAGGUCCCCCUGAUUCCCAAUCACAUCUGCAGCUGGCCUAACAUUUACCACAAGAGAAUAAGCUCCCGGAUGAUCUGUGCCGGCUAUCUGCAGGGAGGUGUUGAUACUUGUCAGGGAGACAGUGGAGGACCUCUCGCCUGCAGUGAAGAGAAUGGAUGGCAAUUAGUCGGCAUCACGAGCUGGGGAGCGGGCUGCGCGAACCAGAACAAACCCGGGGUGUAUGCGAGGGUCACUGAGUACCUGGACUGGAUCCAUGAGCAAAUGGAGGUGCUGCCUGGCCUGCAGAGCUCCUCCAGCAGUUUGUGUGCGCAACGACGACAUUAGUGAAAGUUGGAGGAAGCACGUCUGAGGAGGAAUGAGGGCUUUUCAGGUCAUUUCAGGAACCUGAUGGCAGAGGGGAAGACACUGACCAGCUUUAUUCAACAAUACAAGCACAAGGGCUUCAAUAAGUGUCGUACAUAUAUAUUGUAGACACAGUACAUGUUUACUGCUUUCUCCAUUUUUGAAACAAAAGAUUAAUUCUUAUAUUCAGGGUUCCAUGCAUACAAAGCAGGUACUCUCCCAUUGAACCACGUCCCCGAGAUAUCCACAAUCUUAUUGCCAUAGAGCUUUUCUCUCUAUAGUAUUUUGCAAGAAUGUCCCUUCAGUCAAGAAAUGACACCACCAGGGAUUCAUGACCUUGACCUGGCUGAGGAUCUCUGCCUCAGCCAGCACAAUACUGUAUCAGUUAGUGUAACACUAUUAUUUUUUAUUAAACAAAAUAUACUUUAUUCAAAAAUAAAAUUAUAUACAAUAAACUAUUCAAUGACUCUCAAUCCUUUACAACUUCUUCCAUUACGACCUUUAAAUUUCCACACAUUUUGCCACCCAGGGGGCACUCUGUUUUUCCAUAUUUACAUUCACUUGUUGAGAGGUAUACACCCUACCCCCCAAUACCCCUCAACUCCCACGGGAGAAGAACCCUAGACUGUGGUCCUUCCCCACCGGGCCCUUGUGGUGGCUGCACCAAGUUUGAGUGCGUCCCUCAGCACGGACUCCUGCAGCUGAGAAUGUGCCAGCCGGCAGCAUUCCCCCACGGACAUCUCCGUGUGCUGGUAGACCAUCAAGUUUCGGGCCGACAAAAAGAGCGUCUUUCACCGAGUUGAUGAUCUGCCAGCAGCCCCGGAUGUUGGUCUCCGUGUGCGUCCCCAGGAACAGCCCAUAGAUCAGAGAGUCCUCUGUCACGCAGUUGCUGGGGAUGAACCUCGACACUGUCCCUUCUAUCCUCCUCCACACCUUCUCCGCGAACCCACAGUGU